AUUGAGCGGCCUUAGAUUGCUCAUCCCACAUUCCCACCAACUGUAACUACAUGAGAGAGAGCCCGCCCGUUCUGAGCACCCUUUCUUUCUGUAAAAGUUUCUCUACCAAUGCGCUCUUGACAACGACAUGAACUCCAGCUCUUCCAACCCUAAACCCAUGGCCUCGUUAACUUCUGGUGAUGGCUCAGGCAAGAAGGUCAGGAAACCCUACACCAUAACCAAGUCCAGAGAGAGCUGGACCGAGGAAGAGCACGACAAAUUUCUCGAAGCACUUCAACUAUUUGACCGUGACUGGAAAAAAAUUGAAGAUUUUGUUGGUUCAAAGACAGUGAUUCAGAUUAGGAGUCAUGCCCAGAAAUACUUUUUAAAGGUCCAAAAGAAUGGGACAGUAGCACAUGUGCCACCGCCUCGCCCAAAGCGCAAAGCUAUUCAUCCUUACCCACAAAAGGCACCAACAAAUGUUUUAGUGCCAUUGCAAGCUUCUGUGGCAUAUCCUUCUUCAUUGCAUUCCCUUGUGCCUGUAUAUUCUCCAUGGGAUGAGACUUCCAUGCUUAUAAACACUGCAACAAGUGGAAUCGCUCCACCCCAAGAUGAAUACAGUCUUCACAUGGUUGAAGCUGAUAUUGGAUCAAAGGGGGUGGCAAAGAUUAGUAACAGUGAUGUUUGUGGCAUUGGAAGGUCAAGCAGAACACUGCCAAGCUCUGAGUUACAGAAGCAAAGAAAACAAGGUUCUGCACUUCAUGGUAUACCAGAUUUUUCUGAAGUGUACACCUUUAUUGGCAGUGUCUUUGAUCCAGACUCUGAGGGUCAAAUAGAGAAGCUCAAGGAGAUGGAUCCCAUUAAUUUUGAAACUGUAUUAUUGUUGAUGAGAAACCUCACUAUCAACUUGUCUAGCCCUGAUUUUGAGCCAAUUAGAGAGGUCCUGUCAUCAUAUGAUGCCAAUAGCAAAUCCGUUGGGGUUGAUGCUGGAAGUCCUGGGAAGGUGCAAAGCACUGAUUUAUCUUGCUGAACUGGUGAGCAACAUCUGCCUGUUUCUUUUGCCCUUCGCCCCUCCUUUUUCGUCUUCUCUGCGUUUCUCUUUGCUUCUUUUCCUUUAACAAACUCCUCCAUGGUUAUUUGGUGACAUUGAACCGGAAUAUCUAUAUAUUUUCUCCACCAGCAUCAAUGUUGAGAUGCACGAUGCUUUCCUGCACAGCGUGCCUUGUAGUCUAGAAGUCUUAGAAUGGCAACAAUGGCCCCGAAGGACUACCAAAUAGAAGGAAUGUUUCCUCCCAGCUUGGAGUCCUUUACGGAUCAAAAUGUUCAGAUGCUCCAAUUGAAUGUGUUUUGCUAUUUGUAAUGAUUGCUCCUAUACCAUAUGCUCUUCAAUUUUGCAUGGUGCAUUUUGCCCAAGCCGAUGUAACUACGAAAAGGGGAAAAAAAAUCCUAUGUUCAGUAUAUGUAAUAAAGUUCCAAGCUCCAUUAACCUUGAGAGGGUAGGGAGUCCUGUGAGAGGAGAGGUGAACUCAUGAUGGGGUGUAGAAAUGUCAAGAGAUUACAGUCCAACGUAUGUAAGCCAUAUAUUCUGAAAAUAAGAAGCUAUACAACAAAA